CUUUACAUUGUACAGAAAGACAAAAGCUUUCUCUGGUUCUUUUUUUGCAUUCAUGUGAUCGAAAUUUGGGUGUGAAGUGUGAACAGGCUGGUCCCUGCUGAUUCUGUUCCACUUUACGGCUAAGUUUCUAAAGCCGUUGAUGCAUUGAACGUUACUCAAAAAGGAAAAUUUCCCAUUGCUUCUGAUUCUUCUCAAAGGGUGGAAAAGAAAUUAGAAAUCAGUGUUCAACUUGUGAUUUUUGAGAACAAUGAAGAGGGUGAAGAAGCUAGACCCAUUGUUGUUCCUACCCAAUAGGGCUAAGCCUCUUCAAAUUUUCAUUGCUCUUAUUUUUCUCUACUUGCUCUUCACCACCUUCGAAAUCGAAAUCUCUCUCGCUUCCAAAACGAGGUUUGUGUCAGUGUCCUCAUUGCUGGGGAAUGAACACCAACGCACCCAUCUCAGCAAAGACUCAAACUUUCUCUCGCAAGAAGCUUCUGGGGUGUUACAAGGUUCACUGCAUCGAAAGAUCAUGCAGGGGUUGCAGAAAGUUUCCACCUUGAGUUUCAUUGAGGCUUUGAAUGACACCAAAAACGAGGCUUCUGAACUCCACAUGGCUGCCAGGCAUGCUUGGUUUGAAGGGAAGAGGCUCUGGGAAGAAGUUCUAAGUGUGAAGGAAACUGAAAAUGUGGCUGAGAACAUUUCUGAUUCGUGUCAGCAUUCAAUUUCUCUAUCCGGGUCUGAAUUGAGGGAGAAGAAAGGGAUCAUGUUGAUUCCGUGUGGGUUGACGCUGGGUUCUCAUGUUACUCUUGUGGGGACCCCGCGUUGGGCUCACUGGGAGGACAAUCCUAAGAUAUCUGGGGUUAAGGAAGGGGAGAGGAAGGUGAUGGUGUCACAGUUCAUGAUGGAGCUUCAGGGUUUGAAGAGUGUGGACAAGGAAGAGCCUCCGAGGAUACUGCAUUUCAACCCCAGGUUGAAGGGGGAUUAUAGUGGCAAGCCUGUGAUUGAGCAGAACACUUGUUACAGGAUGCAGUGGGGUUCUGCUCUCAGGUGUGAGGGAUGGAAGUCCCGGGCUGACGAGGAUACUGUUGAUGGACAGGUGAAAUGUGAAAAGUGGAUUCGUGAUGAUGAUAGCCGCGCAGAAGAGGCAAAGGCAACAUGGUGGUUAACUAGACUGAUAGGGAGGACUAAGAAGGUGACUAUAGAUUGGCCAUACCCUUUUGUAGAGGGGAAAUUAUUUGUUCUCACCGUAAAUGCUGGCAUGGAAGGAUACCAUGUGAGUGUGGAUGGAAGGCAUGUGACAUCUUUUCCCUAUCGCACGGGCUUUUCUUUGGAGGAUGCAACUGGUCUAUCAGUAAAAGGGGAUGUGGAUAUGCACUCUAUUUUUGCAGCUUCCUUACCCGCGUCACAUCCAAGUUUUGCUCCACAGAUGCAUCUUGAGUUACUUCCUCAAUGGAAAGCUCCACCUCUUCUCCAUGUGAAUGUGGAACUUUUCAUUGGAAUACUUUCUGCUGGCAAUCAUUUUGCUGAACGGAUGGCAGUAAGGAAAUCAUGGAUGCAACAUAAAUUAAUCAAAUCGUCUGAUGUCGUGGCCCGGUUCUUUGUUGCUUUGCACGGAAGGAAAGAUAUAGAUGUGGAGAUAAAGAAAGAAGCUGAUUAUUUUGGCGAUAUUGUUAUAGUCCCAUACAUGGAUCAUUAUGACCUUGUUGUGUUGAAGACCAUAGCUAUCACUGAAUAUGGGAUUCGCUCAGUGCCUGCCAAGUAUAUCAUGAAGUGUGAUGAUGACACAUUUGUCAGAAUGGAUUCUAUCAUUAGCGAAGCAAGAAAAGUAGAUGGUAGAAGUCUCUAUAUUGGAAAUAUGAAUUACCACCACCGGCCCUUUCGUCAUGGAAAAUGGGCAGUUACAUAUGAGGAAUGGUCAGAGGAAGAGUAUCCCACCUAUGCUAAUGGUCCAGGUUAUAUAGUCUCUUCAGACAUCGCAGAGUUCAUUGUAUCAAACUUCGAGAAGCGCAGAUUAAAAUUAUUUAAAAUGGAGGAUGUGAGCAUGGGAAUGUGGGUAGGGAAGUUCAACAGUUCAAAACGAGUUGAGUAUGUGCACAGCUUGAAGUUCUGCCAAUAUGGGUGCAUCGAAGAUUACUACACUGCACAUUACCAAUCUCCACGACAAAUGACCUGUAUGUGGGAUAAGUUACAAAACCAGGGGAAACCCCUAUGUUGCAACAUGAGAUGACAUAGCCUAUCAUCAGAAUAUUCAUAUUAUAUGUCUGUACAUAGGCACUGAGGACCAUUAUGGCCAGUGUGUAUCAUAUAAUGUUGAAUACUAUAGCAAUCGCUGAAGCAAACCGAUGGUUUGUGAACUUGUAAUGUAGAGAAUGUUACAGAAGCCAAAUGAAAUUAUUUUUCUGCUUUGACUUCA